CAAAGAGGGGGGAAAACACAAACAAGACGACACAGCGCACCACACCAUCACACCACCACGAUGAGACGCAGUGCACGGCUGCGCAGCCUGCUGAAGGCCCGCACACAAGAUCGCCAACAGCAGGAAGCAGCGACUGGCCCGUCUUCGCCCACGUCUUCAACGACAUCGUCGUCUGCUACAACAUGCAGCACGUCCCCUUCCUCUUCUUCAUCUUCCUCGUCCUCAUCGUCGUCCUCAUCAUCGUUGUCAACAUCCGUGUCGUCCGUGCGCACGAAGCGAGCCAAACGGCAGUCGCAGCAACAGUCGUCGGCAAGCAGGAGCAGUAGUGCUGCGGCCACGGUACCGGCAGCGUGGGAUCGGCUACCGCCGGCGUUCCUCGAACUGUUUCAGCGCAAGCAGAGCCGCGCAGGCGAAGACGACGAGCCGGGGCAGACCUUUGAUGAGUACUUGACAGAGGCGAAGGAGCUUUCAAAGACGUACCGGCCACCCAAGACCCGCCGCGUAAUCUACCUCCAGCCAAUCGGCGACUUUUGUGACGAUCCCCUUGACUUCGAGUGCCUGCAGCGGCUCUGUGCCGCCUUUUACGAGGGCAUGGAAGUAAAGGUGCGCCCGACCUGGCCCAUUGUCCAAGUGCCACCAGCGGAACAACAGCAACAACAGCAGCCCAAGACCAAGAGCAGUGUUGGCAAUGGCAACGGUCAGAAACAGCAGGCAGCGUCGUCGUCAUCGGCAACCUCAGCACAGGUGCCCGUCUCGGACACCGGGACCAGCAAGAAGACCAGCAAUAGCACCAGCAGCAAAGGCGGCAGGGGCAAGAAGGGGGAUGCCGGCGACACGGACACGUCGUCAUCUUCAUCAACGAUGUUUGCGAUCGAGACGCCCCAUGGCUUCUUUGAUCUUAUCUCACGGCAGCGGGGACCGCACGGCGAGACGCAGUUCUGCUUGCACGAGUUUGUGGAUGCGGUCCUAUACAAGAUACCGAAGAACGCGUGGUGCGUGAUGGCGGUGACCAUGCACGAUCUGUUCGAAACCCCCGACGAUGAGUUCUGUAUGGGGCGGGCGUGGGGUGGCAGCCACGGCGGCGUUGUCGGCUUCAGGCGCUAUGCACCAGAUCUUCUCCCUCCAAUCAAGCAUGAAAAGGGGCUCAGCUCGCGGUCCUUGGUGACCUCACGUGCGGUGAAGACGCUCAUCCAUGAGAUUGGGCACUGUUUCCUCAUGGACCACUGCACGGAGUGUGUGUGCCUGAUGAACGCCAGCUAUUCCCUGGAACAAGACCUCAACAUCCCCCUGUUGCUGUGCCCGACGGAUCUGCACAAGCUGCAGCACGCGUUGCGAAGCACGGACAUACGCACACGUUACCGUGGUCUUGCUGAUGCGUAUGCGCAGUACCCUUUGUUCUUCUCCCGCGAACGACAACAUGUCCUCGCCGCCCUCAAGGCCUUGGGUUGAACGUGGCUCGUGUAUGUGUGUGUGUGUAUGUGUGAGCGCGCGCGCGCGUGUGUGUGUGCGCGCGUGUGUGUGUGUGCGUGUGUGUAUGUGUGUGUGCGUGUGUGUA